GCUCCCGCAGCAGCACUCAUCUCGUGGAGUCUCGCUUUGUUUUCGUUUCGACUCGUGCGUUUGCGACGAGUGGUUCACGCGUUGGAAAUAAGAGGCAGUUAAAAAUGUUCGCAUAUACGUACAGUUUUUAAGUUCUUGAAGAAGAAUCCGCAAGAUCGCAAGGUCUCACAAGACCUGCGAAGAAUUUUGUACUCCGAGAGAAAUAUAUAAAUAGAAUAGAAAAUAUAUACUCGAGAUAACAAGAUUCAGUCUAAUGAGUGAUAAUAAGCAAGGAUUUAUUGCUGUACAUGUUGGUGCUGGACAACACUCGGCGUCGCUCAGGGAAAAAUAUCAAAAGUUAUGUCGCGAUGCGUGCAAAGUGGCAGCACAAAGUUUGAAGUCCAAUGGCAGCGCAUUAGACGCAGUGGUCGAAGCAGUGGUUGUAUUGGAAGAUUCUCCUAUGACAAACGCUGGAUUCGGAUCAAAUCUCACGUUGAAUGGAACGGUGGAGUGCGACGCGAGUGUAAUGGACGGCAGCAGUUUGCAGUAUGGUGCGGUCGGUGCGGUUAGCGGAAUAAAAAAUCCUGUUUUGUUGGCAAAGCGUUUGUGUGAGCAGCAGUCCAUUAAGUUUGCAUACGGCAGAAUUCCACCUAGCUUUUUGGUUGGAAAUGGAGCACAUAUCUGGGCACACGAAAUGGGCAUACAAAUUUUACCACCGGAACAAUUAAUAUCAGUGAGAGCACAAAAGAUAUACAAGCAUUAUAAAAGAAAAGUGGAAGGUUGCAGUGCCGAGGUUCAAAAGUGUGCUAAGAAAAGGAUGGACACAGUAGGUGCGAUAUGUGUUGAUGAUAAUGGAAAUAUCGCUUCGGCUUGCUCGAGCGGUGGUAUAAUCUUAAAAUAUCCCGGAAGAGUUGGGCAGGCUGGAGUAUGGGGCUGUGGUGCCUGGGCUUGCAAAGAUACUCCGUAUUCAGUAGGCACUAGUACUUCAGGUUGUGGAGAACAUCUUGUGCGCACCUCGUUAGCGCGUACAGUUGCGGAAGCUAUCUCAGACACAUCUUGUCCGACUACGAGUUUGCAUCGAGCAAUGAGCACAGAUUUUAUCGAUUCGAAAUUUCUCCAUGGACUUGAACAGAAACUCGGUGGUGUCAUCGCUGUACGGUAUUCGCCACAAGAAGGAUCUGGCGAUUUUCUCUGGAGCCAUUCCACAAAUUCUAUGAUAAUAGGUUACAUGAAUACAUGUGAACGUGCACCUCUGAGUUACAUGUCGGUCUUACCAUCGCAUGAGGUAGGUAAGAAAGCUGUUGUCGAAGGUGUCUGCUUUAAACUAACAGAACCUGACAAAGUCUGAGAACGAGAUUACAUACGUCAUCUCUCAGAUGUAAUAAACUUUUAUAAAGAAUUAUUACUUACAGCCUAAAAUAUCUUAUAUAUAAAAUUUUUUUAUAAAACCACGAUAAUUUCAUGAAAUACAUAGAUGCUGCCAUUAAAUAAUUUUCCAUGAUCACAAUUUUCUACAGCAAAUAUAUUUUCCUAAAUUUUAUAUUACUGUAAAUUACAAGUACCUUGUAUAAAUGCAAUGAUGAUUACUGUUAACAUGUGCAAAUACAAUCCUGAUAACAAUUUGAAAUAAUAUUUUGUUUAUAUCGAUUUAUAUGUUUAUAUAUACAGAAAUAUUUCACCUAUUAUAUAAUACAUAUAAAGUACAUGUGUAUAUAGUGUCCCAUUACAACCAACAGAGUCUAGAGCUAAGGUGAUAUCGAGAUCACUUUUUAAAUGGAAUUGUAGCUAAUUAUUCAAGUGUGUAAUUUAACUGUGUGUAACUUAACAAAAUCUACAAUUUAUUUCGAGAGAAAAUAAAUAUAUUUGACACUAUCAAGAAAAAAAGAUUGGUUUACAAUCAAAAUACUGUACAAUUUCAAAAAGAAAAUUGAUAAAGUAAAUAUACAUUAUAAAGUUCAAAUAGGAAAAGAGAGAACUUGUGUCGUAUACCAAGGGAGAUGACCGAAGGCAUCUAACCCCUUCAAUCGAAGAGACUCCGAAACAAUUUUUACAACUCAGAGACUCCAAAACAAUUUUUGUAUUAAUAACUCAUUGUUAUUCAUAGCUAAAUAACGCAAAGCGAGUUCAAACUAUUAUCACGAAUACAGAAUGUAAUACGAGUUUUAAAAGAUUUUGUAACAAACCAGCGUUACGAGUGAAAUAUUUUUAUAUGCUAUUGUAUUAUAACCAUUUUCAUAUAAUAUUGUAAGAAAAAAUACCGGAUCUAAUUUAGCUUUGAAUAAAUCUGACUCUAUUAUAAUUAGACACUUUAUAUCUCAACUAAUAAAUAUGUACAUUCUCGAUAAACUGACCUUUUUCUUCCUUUUCAAUAGAUUUCUAACCAGGAUCGUAGUACUACGAUUUAUAU